GUUUGCAAUUUCGCGGUAUAGCUGCCGUUGAAAACUCUCUCUCUCUCUCUCAGCGAUUUCGAUCUAGAAACGGUACCAAACGUCAGAUGCUUAUUACGAAGACUCAGUCAUUGCCCUUUUGUAUGCAGUUCUUGGCAGCUAUGAUCCUGUCUCGGCCAAUGUUGCUUGGGAUUAACUAAGUGACUUCGUCCAUGGAUGGAAAUGACAUAUCCUCCGAUCAUGUCAUUGCUGAACUGAUUGACAUGGGAUUUGAAUUCCCUAAAGCUAUAGAAGCCAUCAAAGCCGUCGGACCAUGCCUCCAUGAUGCGGUUGAGUUCAUUUUGAAGGGUGGUUCUUGCAAAAAUAAAACAGGUCAAAAUUUGAAUCAUGAGAGGUCAUCGACUUUAUAUAAUUGUUCUACCAGCCAAGCAAGCACUUUUGGUAAAAGGACUUCGUCUUCAUUUCCUCGGGACCGUCUGAAACAGUCUAGCAUCAGCGGACAUCUCCAUUCAGGUAAAGCGAAGAAAAGCAAGCCCGGUGGCGUUUCUGAUGUUUCCACUUCUAUCUUAGAGGGUUCUGACUCUAGGCACAUGGAAGAAAGUAAAUUCUCUCCUCAUAUGAAUUGUAAGCCGGAGCCUGCAACUGAAUCAUCUCAACCCAAAUCAAAUGUUCCCAUGCCUAUCGUUAAGUUGGAGCAGGAGAAUGGCAGUUCACAGUAUAGCUCAUGCAACCAAGCAAUCGGGACAGACUGGGAACAUAAAGUCAAUAUUCUUUUGCAGAAGCAUUUUGGAUUUUCACCCUUGAAGAGUUUCCAGAAGGAAGCCCUAGAGGCUUGGUUAGCAAACCGAGAUUCUCUUGUUCUUGCUGCAACAGGAUCUGGAAAAUCUCUCUGCUUUCAGAUUCCUGCAAUGUUAACUGGAAAGGUGGUUGUUGUAAUUUCACCCUUGAUAAGUUUGAUGCACGAUCAAUGUCUAAAACUAGCAAAACAUGGGGUGUCUGCUUGCUUCCUUGGAUCUGGACAAACUGACCGUAGCGUUGAGCAUAAAGCAAUGAGCGGCAUGUACGGGGUUGUCUAUGAUUGCCCUGAAACGGUAUUGAGACUCAUAGAACCACUCCAGAGGCUUGCAGAAAAUCGCGGAAUUGCACUUUUUGCCAUUGAUGAAGUCCAUUGUAUCUCCAAGUGGGGUCAUGAUUUCCGACCUGAUUACAGGCGUUUAUCUGUAUUGAGAGAGAAUUUCAAGGCCAGCAGUUUGAAAUCUUUAGAGUUUGAUAUACCACUGAUGGCAUUGACUGCUACUGCUACAAUCCAUGUUCGAGAAGACAUUCUCAAGUCAUUGUGCAUGUCAAAGGAAACAAAGAUUGUUUUCACUUCAUUCUUCCGACCAAAUCUUCGAUUUUCCGUGAAGCAUAGUAGGACGUCUCGUGCAGCAUCUUAUGACAAGGACUUUCGUGAAUUAAUAGAUACUUAUACCACAGAAAGAGUUAUAGGUUACAGGGAACCUGGUACCAUUUUACCUGAUUCGAAGGAUGACUCUGACAGCUCCAGCAGAUCUGCAAAUGAUAGCGCAUCUGAUGUGGAUGAAACAUCUCCAUACAAUUUUGAGAAUUUUUACGAUGAUCAUGAUGAUGGGAGUUGUGCUGAAGUAAGUUCAGCAAAUGAAAAUGUUGUAGCUGCUUCUAAGGAGAAUCAAUUGUCUGUUGAGUAUCUAGAAGAUGAGCUAGAUAUCUGUCAGGGAGUUGAUGAUUUGGAUGUUGCUUGUGGUGAAUUCGAUGGAAAUUCUCUUUCUGAAAACCGGGAUUUCUAUGUGUCAUCUGGGACACUCAAUGCGACAACCAAACCAGAAAGAGUGGAUGUACAAGAGCCUUUGGGACAAGGUCCAACUAUCAUUUAUGUGCCCACAAGAAAAGAAACAUUAAGAAUAGCACAGUAUCUGAGUAGUUUUGGUGUACAGGCUGCUGCUUAUCAUGCAAAGUUGCCAAAAACACAUCUGAGGCGGGUCCAUGAGGAGUUCCAUCAGAAUAUAUUGCAGGUUGUAGUUGCAACAAUCGCUUUUGGAAUGGGAAUUGACAAGUCAAAUGUUAGAAGAAUCAUCCAUUAUGGUUGGCCACAGAGUUUGGAAUCAUAUUACCAAGAAGCAGGUCGAGCUGGAAGAGAUGGGAAAUUGGCAGAAUGCAAUCUUUAUGCAGACUUGUCAAGAAUACCUACGCUUUUGCCGAGUCAAAGAAGUGAAGAACAGGCAAAACAAGCAUAUAAAAUGUUGUCUGAUUGUUUUAGAUAUGGCAUGGCUACAGCGUCUUGUCGAGCUAAGAUACUUGUAAACUACUUCGGGGAGGAUUUUAGUUAUGACAAGUGCCUCUUGUGUGAUAUCUGUGCUGGUGAGCCUCCUAAAUUGCAGAAUAUGAAAGUGGAGGCAGAUGCUUUCAUGCGGGUUCUUGCAGCUCAAUGUGGAUCAACCAGUUACAGAAGCUAUUGUUUUGAUGAUGGAAUAUAUGGUGAUGCUAAAAGAGGAAGAUUCAUAGAGAGACCAAACUUCAAGAUGCUGGUUAGUAGACUAAGGGAACAGUUUCCAAAAUUUGCUGCAAGCGAUCAACUAUGGUGGCAAGGGUUUGUGCGCAUUUUAGAAGAGAAGGGGUAUAUAAGAGAAGGGGAUGGCAUGGUUCGGGUUUGUAUAAAAUACCCAGAGCCAACAGACUUGGGAUUGAGGUUUUUAGACUCAAGAACAGACGAAGAUUUCUAUGCAUAUCCUGAAGCAGACAUGCUCCUCUCAAUGCAAAUCCAGAAACCGUAUUCCAGCUUUUCUGAAUGGGGACGAGGAUGGGCUGAUCCUGAGAUACGCCGCCAACGCCUGCAAGGGAGAAGAUAUGGAAGAAAGAAGCGGAAGAGACGCUCGAGCAGACGUACACAGGAUCUAAGAACGGUCCGAGGAAGGCUAGAAGCAAAGCUAUCGAAACCGAAGCACUAAACUAAAUGGAAUUCCAUAUGACUUCCCAAGUGCUAAUCUCGCCAUGCUAUCAUGGAAAGCUGAGGGGUUGAUCGAGCAUGGCCCGGCUAACGAUGGUGAAACAGAAGUGGAGUAUCGGAUCAUUGGUGAGCCCUGCUUUUUCUCCCUGUUGCUCCAUCACAAACAGUUGUCAAGUGGGCCAACUUUUGCACUCCCAAUUGCUUUUCAAGACCGGAGCUAUCAACCACUUGGCCAUCUCUCCGAGUGACAAUCUCUAUUUUAUUCCCCCGAGUAGAACAUGGCCAUAUGAGUUGAUACCAUAACUAUCUGUAAAAACAUCCCGGGUGCAAAUCAAUAUUUUGAUGUAUCUAUUUGUCUAUAUAGAUAGAUGCAUGAUCUAGCAUGCCCGUUUGUGAAGUAAAUUCAAAUUUUCCUUUGUCACGAAAGGUUGUCAAGGAAGAAAAUUGAGAAUUUCUUUUACCAAUUGUUCAUUAAUUAUUUGAAGGUUUAUGAGU